CCGCCCUGCGCCGCCGGAUCCGCAGCGCUUCGCGUCCUGGGACGAGAUGAACGUCCUGGCGCACGGGCUGCUUCAGCUGGGCCACGGGCUGCGCGAACACGUGGAGCACACCCGCGGGCAGCUGGGCGCCCUGGAGCGCCGCUUGGGCGCGUGCGGGGCCGCCUGCCAGGUGCCGGGAGGAUCCGCUGCGCCUCCGCAAGCCCCCGCGCGCGCGGUCGCCAGCGGGGAGGACACAGCUCAAGGCUCAGAACAACAGGAUCGAGCAGCUCUUCCAGAAGGUGGCUCAGCAGCAGCGUCACCUGGAAAAGCAACACCUGAGAAUCCAGAAUCUGCAGAACCAGGUUGGCCUCCUGGCCCCCACACACGGAGACAGUGGAGUGGCCAAGCCUGCCAGAAAGAAGAGGCUACCCAAGAUGGCCCAGCUUGCUGGCCCAGCUCACAAUGCCAGCCAUCCUCACAGGCUGCCUCGAGACUGCCAGGAGCUCUUUGAAGAGGGCGAGAGGCAGAGCGGACUGUUUGAGAUCCAGCCCGAGGGGUCCCCGCCGUUCCUGGUCAACUGCAAGAUGACCUCAGACGGAGGCUGGACAGUGAUUCAGAGACGCCAGGAUGGCUCUGUGGACUUCAAUCGGCCCUGGGAAGCCUACAAGGCGGGCUUCGGGGACCCCCAAGGCGAGUUCUGGCUGGGUCUGGAGAAGAUGCACCGCAUCACUGGGGACCGUGACAGCCAGCUGGCCGUGCAGCUGCAGGACUGGGAGGGCAACGCCGAGUUGCUUCAGUUCCCCGUUCACCUGGGCGGCGAGGACACGGCCUACAGCCUACGGCUCACGGCGCCUGUGGCCAGCAAGCUGGGUGCCACCACUGUCAUGCCCACUGGCCUCUCCCUGCCCUUUUCCACGUGGGACCAGGACCACGACCUCCGUGGGGACAAGAACUGCGCCAAGAGCCUCUCAGGCGGCUGGUGGUUCGGCACCUGCAGUCACUCCAACCUCAAUGGCCAGUACUUCCGCUCCGUCCCUCGGCAGCGGCAGCAGAGGAAGAAGGGCAUCUUCUGGAAGACGUGGCGGGGCCGUUACUACCCGCUGCAGGCCACCACCAUGCUGAUCCAGCCCACAUCGGCCAUAGCGGCCUCCUAGCUCCCUCGCCGGGGCCUCGUUCCAGGCUCCUACCAGACAGUGACUCUGGCUCUGGCCCAAAAUGUGGCUGCGGGGCAGGGGCUCCAAGCAAGGGGACGCUGGAGCCUCGUGGACAGAGAAGAAGCCCAUGGCUGGAGACGCCCCCUUUCCGAGUGGGGGGCUCACGCAUUGCGCCCGGAGAGCAGGGCAGCAGGACAACGCAGACCCCAGAAGCGUGGGACUGCAGGGCAUUGCGUCCCACUCACUCCUCACCCGCUAGAGGAGUUGAGGGACGCGGAGGGACCACUCGGGGCGUCAAGGCCCCGAUGGCAGACUCAGUCACAUUGACUGGCUGGUGGACUGGGGCUCCCGGGGGCUCCGGGGGCCCUCAUGGUGCUGUUGUGUGUGGGUGCUGUGGCUAGCUGGCGCCGAUGGCGACCGGGCGGAGCUCACAGAGUUCUUGGAAUAAAAAAAGCAACCUCAGAACAUUU